UCUGAAGAGAAGGCAGACAGGAAAAUAACAGACAUUUAAACAACGUCACUUCCUGUCAGGUGGGCGUGUCUUAAACUGUCAACUUACAGAAGAAUAACAAAAACAAGCCGCACAUCGAGGGGGUUGUCGAGGACGGGCCGGCGCCAUGGAGUCGUCCUCUGAUGAGGAGGAGGUGCGCACCUUCAUCCAAGUCCUCAGCGAGAAAUACAGCCCGGAGAACUUCCCCUACGGCCAGGGAGUCGUGGUUAUGCCCAGCCCGCCGGGGUCCCCCGUGAAGGAUCGCCUGUUCCUGCCGAACAUACUGGUUCUGAGUGACUCCGGAAUCGGUAAAGCCGGCGACCGGUCGGACAUCGCGGCCUUCUGUGCCCACGUGGUGGAGCUGGACCUGUCCCACAAUCAACUCAACGACUGGGCGGAGAUCUGCGACAUUGUUUCCAGCAUCCCAAACCUGGACUUCCUCAAUCUGAGCAUGAACCCUCUGAGUGGCAUAGAGCUGGAGCCCAGCAUGGCCGAGGUGUUCCCCAGGGUCCGACAACUUGUCCUCAUUAACACGCACGUCAGCUGGGAAACGGUGCACAAACUCACACAGAAUGCACCGGAGCUGGAGGAGCUCUUCCUGUGCCUGAAUGGCUUCAACACCGUGUCCGAGUCCCAGACCUCCUGCCCGUCUCUCCGCCUGCUGCAGAUCACGGACAACCAGCUGGAGGCGUGGGCGGAGGUGCGGAAGUUCGGGCAGAUGUACCCGAGUCUGAGGACGCUGGUCCUGGCCAACAACAGCAUGGACUCUGUGGGCGACUCCCACGAUGCGCUGCAGCAGCUCUUCCCCAACCUGCGCAGCAUCAACCUCAACAACUCAGGGCUCAGUCGGUGGGAGGACAUCGAGAGGCUGAAUUUCUUCCCGAAGCUGGAGGAGGUCAAAGCAAAGGGGAUUCCUCUGUUGCAGUCUUACACCACCCACGACAGACGUAGCCUGCUUCUAGCGCAGCUUCCGUCCGUCAAGCGGCUGAACGGGAGCUUGGUGACAAGCGGAGAGAGGGAGGACGCCGAGAGGCUCUUCAUCCGUUACUACCAGGACAACCCGCAGCAGCAACCUCCGGAGAGGUACCACGUCCUCGUAUCCAAGUACGGCGAGUUGGCGCCGCUGGCGGAGGUGGACCUGAGCCCCCGCCGCACCACGGUGGACGUGCGCUGGGGCGACCGGGUGGAGGCCGUCGCCCUCCGCCUGGAGCAGACGGUGGGCGACCUGAAGAAGCACCUGCGGGUUCUGCUGCAGCUGCCCGCCAACGGCGUGCGGCUCUUCUACAUCAACCGGGAGAUGAGCUCGGUCGUGGGGCCCGAGGAGCUGAGGUGCGGCAGCCGGGCCCUGCACUCCUACAGCAUCCGAGACGGGGACGAGAUUCUCGUUGUGCCCAAGGUCAAAAGUCGCUGCAGCUCCUCCAAUGUGUGAGUGGAGGCGGCUUCAGGACUGUUGGACGGACACAAAGGACUCGAGCUUUCUUUUUCUUUCUUUUUUUUUGUUCAUUGAAAGAAAAAGGUGAAUUUGUUUGAAUGUAGAGAUGAUUGCUGUCCACCACACUGAACAAAUCUGUCCUAUAGUGUUUUUGCUCAUGGGAGUUCCGCAUUCACAAAGCUUAUAUCUUUAGAGUGGCACAUUUCUGCGUUGAGGUAAGACUGCAGUUUAAAUCCCAAUCAUGAUGUUUAUGAUAAACCGAAACAUGUAGAAACUACAAUUACCAACCGAUUGCACAAUUUGCACAUUCAUCUGAACAACAAAAUCUAUUUUAUAUAUUUGAAGUCGCUCUCUCUGAGAUUUUAUGAUGGAAAACUUAUAAGUAAUUAUUUGAAGAGUCAAAAAUGAUUAUACACACAUUCUGAUGGAAAUGAUAAUGUUUUUAAAAUCCCAUCGGCUUGUGCUUACGUCCUGCUCUGCUCAUUGUGUUUUCAAAAUGCCUUGGCUGGAUUUAGCAGCUCUACGAUGCUUUCCUCUCCUUCUUUAUCGUGCACAGUGCACCUUUUUUGUUGGGUGGUUUAGGGUGUUAUUUGAAUUGUUCUUUAGGGUGAAAAACCUUCAUUCUGGUCCUAUAAAGCCCAACCGAUGAACGCUAAUUACGCAGCAGCUAAGCUGAGCACGAUUUGAUUGUUAUGAUCAUGGCUGAAUUACUUUAUCAAUGCACUGGAUGUGGAUGAAUGGACAAACCCGCGUGUUUGUGGACACGGCGGAGCACACCGGAUGCUGCCGCUCAGUCGAGACGCCCUGGCAGAAAGACGAGACAAAGUCCUCCCGGCGAGGUCCGGGACGGAGGGAAGAAGGAGCGCCGAGGCUCAGGUUACCGCGGGUCUUCUGGCCCUUGAAUAGAGUGUGUGUGUGUGUGUGUGUGUGUGUGUGUGUGUGUGUGUGUGUGUGUGUGUGUGUGUGUGGGGUAACCGCACACCAGCCGCUGUGUCACGGACACUUCCGCUGCGCCUCGGUCAGAGCGGCUUCUCGGGCCCUCGCCCGGUCACCUCGGGCCUCUCUCCCCCACAUCCGUCCCGCGAACCCGACACCCGCGGCGUCUGCCGUUUCACGGGACGGGUGCUGGGGGGGGGUCUCGCACCGUUCCCACGAGCUCUGGGGUUUGUCUUCGAUUUGCCUCGUCCACUGCAUUGAUUCAACAGCCCAUCAGUCCGCUCUCUUAACCUGAAACGUGUCCUACCUGAAACUGCCACAUGGGAAUAGUGAGCUGCAGCUUUGUCUUGCAAUCCCUGAAUUACCUACAUUUAAAUGAGGUUUUUCGUCAACUGAAAUUAGUAAAUUUCCAUUUUGCAAAAUGAGUUAAAUACAGUACGUGGGCGGCCGCAUCGUUCAUGAAGGUGUUUUCGGGGUGCCGCUGCCGUAGGGUGCUUUGGCAGCGGCCUCACACCCUUGAUCUACAACGCCAAUCACUUUUUUUUAAUGAUUCUUGGGAAGAGCUAAAUAACGUUAUCCUGAUGUGUUCAAAUGUAAUCUUAGUAAAGUUUAGUUUUUUGACGAGACGCUUGCAUCAUACGGCUGUUUGAAGGAGGUGUCGUCACAGCAACGUGUGAAAAAGCAUAGCGGCCGACACGUCAUUUCAGGUAUGGGGAUUGGUAGAAAAUCUCAAGUGCUUAUAUUGGAGGAAAUGUGAUGGGUAUAAAAGGCUUUAUUUUUUGGUGAUUUGCACGAGAUGAUGUUUGUUGAUAUUUUUGAUUUAGGUUGUGUACAAGAUGUUUGUAAUUGUGACGCUUUUAAAGUAUGAUCUGGUCUCCAGUCACCCUCACUUCUAUCCUUCAGUAAUUCCUAAUACAGAGAUUAUAUACAGAUUUUAAAAGUUAGUUGCGUACCUAUAAUACAGUAUGCCUUGUAUUAUUGUUAAUUUAUCAUGUUUGCUUCCUGUUGUUUCUCAAAUGUGUAUCUACAUAUUUCUAAAGGUAAAUUCUUGUUUCUUGAGAUUAACCUGCCAUAUGUACCAUGUAAUGGAAACCAUGUUACUUCUGUUUAAGAAAUAAAGCUUAUUCCUGUGCAACA